GCUUCGAGAAGGUUACGGAUCGAUGUGUCUAUGAUCUUAAGUAAUACGUGUAAUAAUAUUAGUGGUAUUUUGAGAGAUUUAUCGAGAGUUUUAAGUGAUAAUAAUUAAGAAAGUCAAUGCCACGCAAAAAGCGAUCGUCGAGUCCGUUGGAUUUAUACGACGAUGACUUCGAUGAGGAUGCCAGUUCACAAAGCUCCCAGCCGCCGGUGCAACGGAAUGCAGCAAAUGCACGGGAACGAAUGCGGAUGCGGGUUUUGUCCAGCGCCUACGGACGUCUGAAAACCAAAUUGCCCAACAUUCCGCCGGACACAAAGCUCUCAAAGUUGGACACCUUGCGAUUGGCCACGCUUUACAUAAAGCAGCUAAUUAAUGCCGUCGAAACAGGCAAUGGCAAUGGCAGUUCCCAUCCUCAGCCCCAUGCUAAUCCCAUUGUUGAUAUGCUGGACACGAGGAAUCCAACGACAGAUUGCAACAGCUCAGUCGCCGUCGGUACGACAUCAUUUAAUUUCCACAAUGCUGGACAUCUCGGCAUGAGUUGGCCCUUCGAGUUUCAUCAACAUUUGCAGCAUGGUACCAAUCGCAAUUCCAACCUGACAUUCAACUCAACACGCAUGGAUUGGCAAAGUUCCCAUACGCAAUCAUAUCCAAAGGCGCCACGUAAUGAUCAUCAGAUUGUCAGCGAUACCAGCUAUACACAAUUGCAGGAUGCACAUUGGUAUCCAGCUGAGAUGGGGAUGCAAUUGGAUCAGUCCCGAAGCGGUAAUGGCUGUUGUGCCUACGAAACGGCCGGAGUUGGCCAGCAUCAGCAUCAACGUGGUAUUCCGAUAGCCACAAGUCAGGCGCAUAGCCUUUAGCAUGGACUACGUUUGGCAUUUAAAUAUAUAUAACUGACAACAACUAACUGAAAUUGUAUUAUAACCGUGAUUAUAUUCUACUCGCAAUUGUAUGUAUGUUAUGUAACUUACUAAGCCAAAGAUUAGAAUUAAUUUUAAACUUUUAUACCACUAGCAAAUAAACUAAAAAAGUA